AUCGCAAUUGUGGUUAAAGGUUGAACAGUGAAAAUGCAUUUUAUCAGCUUCGGUGGUGGAAUUCUUUUGGUGCUGGUGCUUCAUGUUGCUGAUGGUCAAUUUGAUCCACACUUCCUCCCUGGAAGAAGUGUUAUUGUGCAUCUGUUUGAGUGGAAAUUCUCCGAUAUAGCUGCGGAGUGUGAGAAUUAUUUGGGCCCAAAUGGUUUUGGGGGCGUUCAGGUGUCCCCGAUAAAUGAAUGUCUUGUUUCCCCUGAACGAGCAUGGUGGGAACGCUACCAGCCCGUAUCGUAUGCGAUUGUAAGUCGAUCAGGGGAUGAAAAAGAAUUUGCGGAGAUGGUUAAACGAUGCUACGAGGUUGGGGUACGUGUUUACGUUGACGUCAUCUUCAAUCACAUGGCAUCUGGGGAGGGUGAAGUGGUUGGAACUGGUGGAAGCUUGGUCUACCCCGAGGAGCGUCUCUACCCGCACGUACCCUACGGUCCAGAAGACUUCAACCCCCAUUGCGUCAUUGAGGACUAUCAGGAUGUAGAUCAGGUGCGAAAUUGCGCUCUUGUCUCCCUUCCAGAUCUCAAUCAGAAGUCCGAUAAUGUAAAGAGGAGCGUCAUUGAAUUCCUGGAUCGUCUCAUUGAUCACGGUGUUGCGGGAUUUCGGGCAGAUGCAUGCAAGCACAUGUGGCCGGAGGAUAUUAAAUUCCUCUUUGGCAGUACGAAGAAUCUAAGUCCUGAAUUUGGAUUCCCUGACAAGGCUAGACCAUUUCUCUACCAGGAAGUUAUUGACCUGGGCCAGGAACCGAUAUCCAAAAACGAAUACACCUCCAUAGGCGUUGUUACGGAGUUCCUAUUCUCAGCUGAGAUUGGAAACAUCUUCCGGUACAAGAAACUCAAAGAAUUCAUGAAAUGGGGUACAGAUGAGAGAUUCCUGCGAUCUGAUAGGGCUCUUGUAUUUGUUGAGAAUCACGACAACGAACGUGGGCAUGGAGCAGGUGGAAAGGAUAUUCUAACGUACAAAGAUGGCAAACGCUACCUCCUGGCCGUUCUCUUUACAAUUGCCCAUCCAUACGGCAUCCCACGCAUCAUGAGUUCGUACGACUUCUCGAAUAGUGACGAAGGCCCACCGGCCAAUGCAAAAGGUGAAAUAAUCUCACCUGUUUUCAAUGACAGAGGUCUCUGUACGAAUGGUUGGAUCUGUCAACAUCGCUGGUUAGGCGUUGCAAGUAUGGUGCAGUUCCGUAAUGCUGUUGCCGGUAGUGGUAUCGUCAACUGGAUGGACAACGGAGAACAGCAAUUUGCCUUCUGUCGUGGAGAUCUGGGGUUCGUCGCCUUCAACGGCUACACCAUGUCCCAUCUUAAUUCAACAGUUAAGGUCUGCCUACCACCUGGCAUCUACUGCGACGUAAUUAGCGGGGAAGUCACACUAGAUGGCUGUACUGGGCUAGAGGUUGUUGUUAAAGAUGACGGUUAUGCCAACAUUUUCAUUCCAGGUGACUCCCCAACAGGUGUUCUUGCCGUUCACCUGGGCUCUGCCUAUAUUAUCGAUUAAAUAUGAACUAUUUGCCCUCAUUUCCAACACAGAAGGCAAACAAAUAAAAGUUCUCAAAUAAACAAGUUUUGCAUCUCCAGCUUUUUUUGCAUUCGGGAAAACCAAUUGGGAUUUUUUUGUUCUUGAAUACAAUCACUUGAAUAAACAAUUUGAAAGAAAAA